CAAGGAUUCAUUAAUUCUACAGCGCAGACAGGAUCUCGUCUACAGACAGUGAGGAACCCAAUCACCUUCCACCAUGCUGCAGCUGCAAGGAAGUGAGCUUCUGCUCAUGGUUCUUAUCCUGGCCAUCCUGCAGGUAGACUCCGAGAAUGCGGGCACUGAGCUGAAUAAUCCUGCCAACAGCAGCAUCAGCCCCUGCUCCCCUUUCUGUGAUGGGAUAGAAAAUUCCACUGACAUGAACAAAGAAGAAGACUACGUCACAUUAGAUUAUAUUGAUUAUGAAGAGCGAUGUGGGAAACAAGAUGUCCGGGUCUUCCGUUCCCACUUUCUACCACCCAUGUACUUCAUUAUUUUCUUCAUAGGGUUGGCUGGAAAUAGUAUGGUCAUGCUAAGAUACUUGUACUUCAAGAGACUAAAGACAGGAACAGACUACUACAUGCUGAACUUGGCUAUUGCAGACAUUGUUUUCCUCUUAACCCUUCCUUUCUGGGCAGUAAGCAUCAGUUACAGUUGGGUUUUUGGCAGUGAGAUGUGUAAGGUUACAUUCUGCCUGUCCAAGAUGAGCUUUAUCAGUGGGAUGUUCCUGCUCAUGAGCGUGAGCAUUGAAAGAUACUUUGCAAUAGUCCAAGCACCCUCUGCCCAUCGUCACAGAGCUAAGACUGUGCUCAUCAGCAAGCUUACCAGUAUUAGCAUCUGGGUCCUGGCCUUCACUUUCUCCAUUCCUGAAUUGAUCAAUAGUGACAUCAGGAACAUAAAAGGAACAGACGUUUGCACCAUAUACUCGGCAAAUUUACAAAGUCUAGAAGUAACACUGAAGAUCACCCAGAUGGUCUUAGGAUUCCUUCUACCCUUUAUCAUCAUGUCCCUUUGCUAUAGUAUGAUUAUCAGAACACUGCUCCGGGCACGUAAUUUUGAGAAGUACAAAGCCAUCAAGGUCAUCAUCGCCAUAGUCAUUGCAUUUGUCAUCUUCCAAUUGCCAUACAACAGUGUGAUGUUGGUUAAGACCUUAUACUACAACACCUCUGUGUGUACUCAGAUCAAAAAAUUGGAUAUAGCUGAUGAUGUAACCUACAGCCUUGCAUGUUUGCGUUGUUGUCUUAACCCUUUUCUCUAUGCCAUCAUUGGAGUCAAGUUCAGGAAUGACAUGUGUACAUUCUUCAAAGAUUUGGGCUGCUUAAGUAAUGAGAAGUUUGCCCAAUGGUCUACAGCCAAACCAAGCAAGAGAAGCUCUUUUGCAAUGGACACAGAGACAACCACCACCUUUUCUCCUUGAUAUUACAGUGCUACCACAAACAUUUUACACGUCAUUGACAUGACCACCCAAUAUGGUACCCCAAAAACGGUCUUCUAGAGGUGUGGUCCUCUCAAAGAAGAGUGCCACUGUACAUAGGAAACUAAAAAGCCCUCUUAGAAUGAUGAAGUCUAGAUCAUGGGUGGUGUUCUCAAAGAGGUAGUCUUCUGGAAAGUUUUCACUGAAUGUUUUUCUUUUUAAUUGAAAAAAAAAAUAUUACUAUGAGUUUUGCUCUUUAAAGUUUGACAUUCAUCUUUGCUUUUGAACUUUAUGAUCAGCAAUUCACGAAACUCAGAAACUAUAACUUUCUAUCUGAUGCACUGGAAAAGUUGACAUUUGUCACGUUUUCAUCUCAUCAGUUUCUAGUUGACUGAUUCUUACUGACCUUAUCACAUAAUAAAUUCCAUAGCAGCCUCCAAUUCUGUUGUGAUAUUAAUAAGUUCUAAUUCUAACUAAAAAGAAUUGUCUGCAGGGAACUCCCUAAAAUUAUUUUGAUGGUUAUAAACAAAAUAUAUAUUUUUUAAAUUUUUUAUUUUAUUUUUUUUUUACAAUAUUUUGCAUAAGCUAUUAAAUUUAAUGGGGCUGUACAGGAUUAUAAAUACAUAGUUGUUUACAGGUUGUGUGUGGUAUUGUAGCCAAGUCCUUUGUUAUUUAAGGGAGCUGAGCUGCAGUACCAGACACAACCAACGGACAGGUGUGGCACCUUUUCUAGAAGAAAGGAGACAUGUUAGGCUAGGUCUACACGACGACAUUUGUCGCGCGACAUUUUGUUGCACCAAUGUCGCGCGACAAUUUUUAUAAUGGCAGU